ACGUCGCUCGCCUCCGAUUGGUCGCGGCCCCCUCGGCCUAUAAAAGCGGAAGGCGGGCGGCCGCUUCUCCCCUUUUCCACGGAGGCCUCGUGAGGAAAUCCAGGAGUCUUUAAACCGCCGCCGCCGCGCGAUCCUUGGGACACCGAGAUGCCCAGGGAAGACCGAGCCACGUGGAAGUCCAACUACUUCCUCAAGAUCAUCCAACUCUUGGAUGAUUAUCCAAAAUGCUUCAUUGUGGGAGCAGACAACGUUGGUUCCAAGCAGAUGCAGCAAAUCCGCAUGUCGUUGCGUGGGAAGGCCGUCGUCCUCAUGGGGAAGAACACCAUGAUGCGCAAAGCGAUCCGGGGGCACCUGGAAAACAAUCCUGCUCUGGAGAAGCUUCUGCCUCAUAUUCGUGGCAACGUGGGCUUUGUGUUCACCAAGGAAGAUCUGACUGAAAUCAGGGACAUGCUGUUGGCCAACAAGGUACCGGCUGCUGCUCGUGCCGGCGCCAUCGCCCCCUGUGAUGUGACUGUGCCAGCUCAAAAUACUGGGUUGGGCCCUGAGAAGACUUCCUUUUUCCAGGCUUUGGGUAUUACCACCAAGAUCUCCAGAGGCACCAUUGAAAUCCUGAGCGAUGUGCAGCUGAUCAAGACCGGAGACAAAGUGGGUGCCAGCGAAGCCACCUUGCUGAACAUGUUGAACAUCUCCCCGUUCUCCUUUGGGCUUGUCAUCCAGCAGGUGUUCGAUAAUGGCAGCAUUUACAAUCCGGAGGUUCUGGACAUCACCGAGGAGACUCUCCAUGGACGUUUCCUGGAAGGUGUCCGUAAUGUUGCCAGUGUCUGCCUGCAGAUUGGCUACCCGACUGUUGCCUCUGUGCCCCACUCCAUCAUCAAUGGGUACAAACGGGUUCUGGCUGUAGCUGUGGAGACUGACUACUCUUUCCCACUAGCUGAAAAGGUGAAGGCCUUCUUGGCUGAUCCUUCAGCUUUUGUGGCUGCUGCUCCAGUUGCAGUGGAAGCUGCUGCUCCUGCUGCUGCAGCCCCAGCUAAGGAGGAAGCCAAGGAAGAGUCGGAAGAGUCUGACGAAGACAUGGGAUUCGGGCUCUUCGACUAACCACUGGUGUUGUCAUCGUCCAGUUUUGAGUACAGUGAGAAUUAAUAAAAUAACUUCUCUCCACA